UUUGCCUCAGCCGAACCGCGACGUCAUCGGGCGGUGUCGGAUUGGAGCGCACACUGCGGGCAGGAGCCGGGAGAGAUGAUGAGAGCGGCGAGCCUGGCUGGGAGAGCCCUACUGAGGGGCUCUCGGAUAAAUUCCACCAAGGUCUGGAACACGCAGUUUCAGCGAUGUGCCUCAGGCACGCCCAUGAACACGGUGGUUCUCUUUGUACCCCAGCAGGAGGCCUGGGUGGUGGAGCGGAUGGGCCGCUUCAAUCGCAUCCUGGAGCCGGGUUUGAACUUCCUCGUUCCAAUUCUGGACCGAAUCCGCUAUGUGCAGAGCUUGAAGGAGAUCGUCAUCAAUGUCCCGGAGCAGUCUGCUGUGAGUCUGGAUAAUGUCACGUUACAGAUAGACGGCGUCCUGUACCUGCGCAUUAUGGAUCCCUACAAAGCCAGUUACGGGGUGGAGGAUCCAGAGUACGCCGUGACGCAGUUGGCGCAGACCACCAUGCGAUCUGAGCUGGGGAAACUGUCAUUGGACAAGGUGUUUCGGGAGAGAGAAUCUCUGAACCACAACAUUGUGUUCGCCAUAAACCAGGCCUCCGAUGACUGGGGGAUCAAAUGCCUGCGGUAUGAGAUUAAAGACAUCCACGUCCCUCCUAAGGUCAGGGAGGCCAUGCAGAUGCAGGUGGAGGCGGAGAGGAGGAAGAGAGCCAUGGUGCUAGAAUCUGAAGGGACCAGGGAGUCCGCCAUUAACGUGGCCGAGGGCGAGAAACAAUCCCAGAUCCUGGCAUCUGAGGCUGAGAAAGCUGAACAAAUCAACAGAGCGGCAGGUGAAGCAAAUGCCAUCCUAGCAAAAGCCAAAGCCCGAGGAGAAGCCAUUCGGCUGGUAGCGGACGCUCUCACAAAGCAGUACGGCGACGCAGCCGCUUCCCUCUCUAUAGCGGAGCAGUACGUCACUGCCUUCUCCAAGCUGGCCCAAGAAUCCAACACCAUCCUCCUGCCCACCAACACCGGUGACAUCAGCGGUAUGGUCGCCCAGGCCAUGGGAAUUUACAGCACGCUGACCAAAGCCUUACCUCAGAAAGGUCCUGACGCUCCCCUGGCGGUCGCUAGCAGGGCAGGCGACACAUUUUGGUCAGACACAGAUGAUUUGAAGCAGAGCUAAUCGCCCUUCAUUGCACUUAGGCUAACUUCUUCUACAGUUCAGGAAUUAUCUUUUUUUUUUUAUUAUGAUGUAUAAUAUAUAUAUAUAUAUAAAUGAUUUGAAACAAA